AUGGAGUCUCUGCUAGCAAAGCUCCAGUUGGAGUGGCUCAGCUGCAGCACUCUUCUUUUAUUUCUCUUUGUCUUUCUCUUGGUGUUUGAUAUGGUGAAGUUUCGGAUUCCUAAAAACUUCCCACCUGGACCGUGGUCUCUUCCUUUCAUUGGCGACAUGCACCGCGUGGACACCCAGAGAAUACACCUACAGUUAGCGCAGCUUGCAGAGAAGUACGGAAACAUUUACAGUCUUCGUCUCUUCGGGUAUCGGGUGGUGGUCUUGAAUGGCUACAAAGCCUUCCGAGAAGCCAUGGUUGUAAAUGGAGAGGACUAUGUGGAUCGCCCCAUCGUACCCCUUUUUGAUGACGUGCUUCAAAACAGAGGUGUGUUUUUCUUGUUUAUGAUAUUCUACUCCAUAGCUUGGCAUCUCACUUUGUCAAUAAUGUGUGUCAUCCGAGGUCUGCUCAUGACAAACGGAUAUCUGUGGAAGAAGCAGCGGAGGUUUGCUUCUCAUACGCUUAAGAAUUUCGGUCUUGGAAAAAAAACGCUGGAGCCGUCGAUACGAGAGGAAGCCAACUAUCUCACCGAGGCCUUUGGCCAGUAUCAAGGCAAACCCUUCAAUCCACGAUCUCUGAUCACAAACGCGGUUUCUAACAUCAUCUGCUGCCUGGUUUUCGGUGAGCGAUUCCAGUAUGACGAUGAGAAAUACCGAGGUAUCAUCAAAAUGUUCAAAGACUCGCAUGCUGCUCAAGAAUCUAUUUGGAUUCAAGUUUACAACACGGUCCCCCGUCUGAUGAGAUUGUUCCCUGGACCUCAUCAGAGGUUCUUCUCGGUGGUUCGGUCAAUCCAGCAUUUCCUGGACAAGAUGAUACAGGAGCACAGAGAAACCCUGGAUCCGUCCUCACCAAGAGACUACAUUGACUGUUUCCUGAUAGAAAUGGGGCAGAAUGAAGAUAAAGAGGCCGGCUUUGAUCUUGAUAAUUUGUCUCUCGCUGCUCUGGACUUGUUUGCGGCUGGAUCUGACACAACAACCACAACUCUGAGAUGGGCUCUGGCUUACAUGACGUAUUAUCCAGAAGUACAAGAGAGGGUUCACGCUGAGAUCGACGCUGUGGUUGGCUCGUCUCGACAACCCUCCAUGGAUGACCGGGACAACAUGCCGUACACCAACGCAGUGAUCCAUGAGACCCAGAGGAUGGGCAACAUUAUACCACUGAAUGCCAUGCGAAUGACGUCCAAAGAGACCAAGCUGGGCAAAUACACAAUACCAAAGGGAACUCCUAUCAUGCCCACGCUGGACUCCGUUUUAAAUGAUGAGUCUGUGUGGGAGACGCCACACUCCUUCAACCCCGAACAUUUCCUGGACAAAGACGGAAAGUUCAGGAAGAGAGAGGCCUUUGUCCCAUUUUCAGCUGGCAAACGUGUGUGUCUCGGGGAGCAGCUGGCAAGGAUGGAGUUGUUCCUCUUCUUCACUUCCCUCAUGCAGAGAUUUUCCUUCUCUGUGCCUAAUGGGGCGAGGCCAAGUCUGGACUACACUUUAGGAUUUGUUCGCAGCCCCAAAGAUCAGCAAAUCUGUGCCAUCACUCGAUAAAACAUCAACUAAAAGGUCGUAGCAUAACUCUGGCAAACCCAAAACCUAACCUAAAACGCUCAAAUUAAGAGUAUAGCAGUCUCAACGAUAUCUUCAUACACUCGUACGUCUACAGUACUUCAUCAAAAGCUAGAGGAAAGUGCUUGCCUUUGACCUUUGUGUUGCUCAGAUACGCAUUUAUAUCCACUAUAAUCUUGCCAAACUAGUUUAACGCAGCUAAGCUGAAAGAUACCUUGAUACCAAACACAGUUCACAGAUGAUGUGUAACUUCUCCAGACAAGCCAAACAGGCUUGUGAGUAACUGCACU